CAUAUGUGGACGCAUUAAAUUCUUUCAACUCUUGGACUGUGGACUUUAUCUAAAGAAUGCAAUAAGAAAAUUACCAAAGAUUUAUUAGCUCUGUCUGCAGAAAACUAAAUUAAACUCUUGUGUCUCUAUCAGGCAGCUGUCUCUGGGAAAUAUGUCUCAACAAAAGCAGAAUUUGCUAUGGCUGAUGAUCAUCUGCUGUUCUAUGUGCCAGAUAACCUGCUCAAAAAACCUGAAAAUCAGCAUCAGUUUGACCAAUCAAUGUUUCUUGAACCCAGCAAUUCCAGCUGUAGCACUGACCUGUCAAUCACCAAAUAACAUAAAUAAUUUUCACAUAAUGAAUGUCAAACUAAGCAUCUCUUCUCAAGGACAAUGCAAAACAUACAGUUUCAAACUAACAGUUCGAGGGCAGAAAAAAGAAGUCAGAAUGAAAGAGAUGAAUGAAGACAUAAAUGAGUUAUUUUCGCUAAACACUAAGUGUCAGCGAUUAGUAGCCCCGAAUUCAGCAGGUCUGACUUGCCAGAAUCUGUGGGGCAAUAGAAACGGUGGAAGUUGUUUGGAAAUCCCUCUUGUUGAUCCUGGAAAGACAUGUAGAGGGGCUACAUAUGAUGAUAAAAUCUGCAAAAAGAGCAAAGGAAGCAGUUACGUUCUGCGUUUCAUCAGAAGUGAAUGGAUGUGUGUGACCUGCCCAGCCAGUGCUGUCACUGUCACUCUACAACCACACGAGGUUACUUACAAUAUGUCUGUUCAAGUUGAUGAUGGUGAUGUUGAUCCCUCAGAAGCAUCAGACUAUUUGAACAAAAUGGAGUCUAAAAUGGAAGAGAUGGAGAAAAACAAUAUAAGCAAAGCAGGGAUCGUCAUGGGGGAUGCUAUUGGUCUUCUUCAUGUACAAGCCAAAAAUACAAAAACCAAAGACAUAUGCUACUCUUCAGAUGAGGACAUUAUAAACGAUGUUGAUUGUCAGAGCGACCUGAAUGCAAACUUUCCCUGGUCUGUAAAGGUUUCCAGCGAGGCCUUUAAUAAAUCACGACGGGAAAACAAUGGAACAGCGUUUCUUGCAAUUCUACAAUUCUACAAUAUGAGAAAUGAGAAUGAAAUGCAAAAAUUCACUGUUUUGAACAAUGAAGUUUAUGGACUAAUGAUGAGGGCCAAUAUCUCCAACCUUACUGACAAUAUUGACAUAUUCUUUACAAAAAACAAUCAGGAGGAUAAGGCGUCCUGCGUUUCUUGGGAUGGCAAAGGACAACUUAACUGGACGACGUCUGGCUGUGAAACAGAAACAAUCGACAGUAACACCAUAAAGUGCUCCUGCUCACAUCUGACGUUCUUGACAGUGCUGAUGCAUCUGCCAGACUUAAAAAUCACAGCGAUGCAUCCAGAAUCACUGACUUUCAUCUCUUCUAUCGGCUGCGGCAUCUCCAUAUUUUUUCUGGCCGUCGCUUUAUUCAUGCAUUUCCAGCUACAAAAAGCCAAAUCAAAUCAGGCCACGAAGAUCUUGAUGAACAUGUUUGUGGCUUUGUUUCUACUGAAUGUCUCGUUUUCGUCAAACGAGAGCGUCGCUAACACAGAAGACAACGCUGCGUGCGUCUUCAUAGCGCUGCUCCUGCAUUACUCCAUGCUGGCCUCAUUCACCUGGUUCUUCAUUCAAGCUCUUCAUAUGUACUUAUGGCUCCUCAGACAGAACGUCACCAUCACAAACUACACGAGGAAGAUCACCGUGCUGGGCUGGGUGUGUCCGGCUCCAAUAGUCGUAGCUAUUGUUUCUGUAGGAGGAUAUGAAGCAGUGACCCUGACCCUGAACACAAUGUCUGGAAAAAUCACACGAAUGUGCUGGAUUGCAAAUCCUUACAUUCACUACACAGUGAAUAUCGGCUACUUCGCUUUAGUUUUUAUUUUUAUGACAGGAAUCUUCAUCACUAUCUUAACUACAUUUGUUCAUGCCAAACACUUAAGAGCGACUGACGGCAAGAGAAAGACGUUCAGAAAGCAGCUGAUGAUGGUGUUGAGUUUGUUCCUGCUCUUCGGUCUGACGUGGUCUGUGGCGUUCUUCAGUUAUGGACCGAUGCACAUUACCUCAUAUUACAUAUUCACUGUGUUGAACUCGUUUCAGGGUGAGAAGCAAUCACAUGCAUCAAUACAUUUGGGAUUUUCCUCUUCCUGUAUUACUACCACAUUCGCAAUGAUGUUGCAGGUAAUUUCUCAGAUGAUCCAGAUAGCACCGACUCCACCACAAUCAUCACUCAAUCCAGCAUUAAUGCUGUGGAAAAUAUUCAUAACCAGGAUAAUUAAGACAGAGGGCUUUCUGUGUCUCAGGCUUUCUUAGACUGAUUUCUUAAACUGAUCUGUACAGGUGUUGUUUAAGAAGAAACUGCGUAUUCUGACCAAAAUCAAGCUCAAAAACAACACAAAGAUAAAAGUCACUUAUGAACGAGAGAGAACUGUUUAAAAUGAUGCAUGCACAUAUAAAAUUAUGAGCCUAAAAAUAUCAACUUAAGUGAAAUAACUCAAAACAAAUGACUAAUCUGUGUUGAUUGUUACUGUAACAGUCUAUUAUUGUGGAAGGAUUGAAUUGUGCUUUCAAAUCUCUGAUAUGAUCUGAUAUUACCAUUGCUGAUUUAUUAAGUGUUAUAAUCAUCCAUGUGUGUGUCAGAGCAACUCAAACAACAGGAUGACAGUAAUGUCCACACACCUCAGACAUUUGCAUGGUUAUUUCAUUAAGAAGACCCUGUCAGAAUCAGCUGAUGAUUAUUUAAUCACUUCAACCUACAUAAUCUCCGUUUAUUUUUUUCUCUCAGUAUUUAUCAUGUGACUGUAAUGAAACUAAUUAAAUGUGAUUAAUCACUAUUAUGGACUUUCAGUGGAUUCAAAAUUAUUUGACUUUAGUCAAACUUGUAAACAUGUGAAUGUCUUUCAUUAGAUAACAAAA